CGAGCACCAGACGAAAACAAGGGUCUUUGAACGACACUUCGGAGCGCGCUCAACCUCGAAUGAGACACAAAAUCCGACUUCAUCUUCGCGACUUACGUCAAACGCUCUUCAUGUUGACGUCGUGACUCGCUCCUUGAAAAACAAACAAAAAAAAAUCGGUGCUACUUAUAUUAGGAAAAAACGUGAGUCGCUUCUCGUUGGCAUCUGCACUGCCAACACUGAAAAAAAAGAGAAAACUCGCGUCGCCGUUUCUGCGUCAACAAUGCCGCUGAGCCUGAACGGGGUCCUGUGCACGCUGGCGUUCCUGCUCGUGUGGCGGGCGGAGGAGCUCGCCCAGGCGUGCAGCUGCGCCCCGGUACACCCGCAACAGGCAUUCUGCAACGCCGACGUGGUGAUCCGAGCGAAGGUGGUGGGCGAGCGUGAGGUGGACUCCGGCAACGACAUCUACGGGAACCCCAUCAAGAGGAUUCAGUAUGACGUCAAACAGAUCAAGAUGUUCAAGGGACCCAAUCAGGACAUCGACACCAUCUUCACCGCGCCCAUGUCGGCCGUGUGCGGCGUCACCCUGGACACCAGCGGCAAGAAGGAGUACUUGAUCUCCGGCAAGGCCGACGCCGGCGGGCAGAUGCACGUGACGCUGUGCGAUUACAUUAUGCCCUGGGACUUCUUGAGCAACACCCAGAAAAAGAGUCUCAGUCAGCGCUAUCAGAUGGGCUGCGAGUGCAAGAUCGUGCGCUGCCCCUCACUGCCCUGCGAGAUCUCGGCCCCCGAGGAGUGCCUGUGGACGGACCUGAUGAUCGAGAAGCAGGUGUACGGUCGCCAGGCCAACCACUACGCCUGCGUCAAGCGCGCCGAUGGAUCCUGCUCUUGGUAUCGCGGAGUGGCCCCGCCCAAGAAAGAGUUCCUGGAUACAGAGGAUCCCUAGGGGAGGUACCACCGCUCAGGCCUGAAAGUAUCGAUUCGUACCCCGUGAAAACCAAAAAAAAAAAAAAAAAACAUCAUCAGGCCUUUUUGAUUAAGAGGUAGGGGAAAAAAAAGAAGAAUCUGUAGCCUCUGUGUCCAUUUUAAACCAAAUGAGGGUUCUUUGUUGUUGUCGCAUUGGAAGCAUGAGACUGGUCAAGUGAUGAUGUAUUUUCCUCCUGAGGCUGGCGUCAGGAGGACGCAAUGUUUUGUUUAGUUUUUUUUUUCCUUUCGUAGCAAUGGAGCACUUCCUCUGAAGCUCUUCUCAGUCCAAACCAAUCCAUCCCCGAACUGUGCAAGAUGAUUCACUUCAAUGACCUCAUCGUCCAUUUUAUCCAAAGCCAAAAUUCCAAGUUGCCUUUUUUUAAUAAUUUUUUUUAAUUUUUUGUGUCCUUUUUGAAACACGCCCACGUCAGGCUCGUCUUCUUUCAAAACAACCCAAUUCAGCAUUUUCGUUUGGUGACAAACGACUCACUGGACCAGUCUAUGGUGUGUUUGUGUACGUGUGUGUGUGUGUACACGACCAGAAAGAUACACAUUUGCUUGCUCCCAUUUUCCAUCAAGUAGGGUGAACCGACUUCAAAUGAGAGGCUUAUUUUUGACAAAUGUGUAAAAAUGAUCCAAGUCGAUUAAGUCGAAUCAAUUUUACUGAUCAUCUGAGCCCGCAAGGUUCCCCCCCUGAGUCAGCUAACUGAAGUCAGUAAACGGAUACCAUCUCAGUGGACCGACUCAACUUAGUGAACCGGUGCAGCCGAGUCACCCGAGCUGCUAACUUGAGUUCGUCCAGCGAUACAAAAGCGUCACAAAGUCCACCAACUCAAUCUGUGAAGUGAUACAUCUUCUUUAUCCUCCGACUGGCGGAUCGAUGCAACCAAGUCCCGCCAACUCGAAUCAGUGAGCGGUGACAUGUCGGCUGAUUCUUCGGUGGAAUGAUCCAACCGUGUCAAUGGAGUCGCCGAGCUUCUUAAGCCUCUCGUUUAAACUUUUGUACUGAAUUUCAUGUUAAAUGGGAGCAAGAAUGACCGUACAAGAGUUAUAUUUUUAGGAGCGAAUUCAAAUCAACUCUUAAUUGCAUUACUAGCCUGUCACCUUCUAACCGCGUCUCACCCUGCAGCUGUACAGCACCUACGCAUCUGUCAUUUUGUCCUGACUUGAGCAUUUAGUAUUAUUUCUACGAAUUAUUUACAGUGUCGUUUAACUAGAUUUGCACUUUUUUUUUUGGAGAGGAAGCAUUACCGAAAGGCCUGAACACUGAUGUUACAAUUUGUAUUAGUUGUGUUUUCAUGUUGAUGGCACGCCUCCCCACAGCAGGUCCUUGGUGAAAGGAAUUGAGUGACAAAAAAAGAUAUUUUUCAUUUUUUUAUUUUUAUUUUAUGGCUUAUGUUGGUGUCUUUUUAUUGAUUGUACAUGCAUUUUCACCGUUUGCCAAUGUAUGGAGGGCCCAGUGUGGCAUUGCUUGUCUUUUCGCCCACCAAGUUACUCGCCAAAGCUUUCUCACCGCCUUUUAGAUCGCACGUUUACAGCGCUGCUUUAUACGCAAAGAAAUUAGCUUAGAAAAAAAAGAAACAACAAAAUUGCGUACAGGCGCUUUCCACUUUAAAAGGUACUGCACCAUGAGAUAAAAACCAACAAAACGAGGUGGAUCGGAACCAUUUUAAAUGUAUUUGAACACCCAUUUUUAGUAAUUGCACAUUGCAACAGAUCUAAAAAAAAAUUUACACACCCCUGUUCAAAUAUAAUUUUUUUGUUGUUAUAAAUUGACACCAAGAUAAAUAAUUUUAAAAAAUCAAUUUACAUUCCAACUUAUUUGAAAUAGGAGUCAGCACACACCUCCCGCUAUUUCCAGUGCCGCUAAUAAAGUUCAGAUGCUCUAGUUGGCUUUUCCUGUCUUUUUAUUCUCUUUCCUGAAUAUUUUGUUCUGACCGAUUUAGAAUUUGGAAGUGUUCAUAAUUUCCCCAAAUAGCCACUGCGUUUCGCUAAAUGGUAAAGCGUUCCCCCUCAAAAUGAGGAAUGCUUUGUUGGUUUUCUUCAAAGUGAACCCGAUAAAUUGGCAAGUGAUUGUAUGGAAAAGGAGUAUUAGAGGCAUAAUUUAAACUCAAAUCUGUUUUGUGUGUUUUAGACUGUUUUUCCAUUCAUUGUCUUAAAAAAAAGUGUUUAGCCGUCGAGGCGAGGUCCUCUUGCGCUGGAGCACCGUGAGAGUGAAGAGAGAAUAUUCCUUUCUUUUUUUUUCUUUUUUCUUGCGUGAAUAAUGAUGAUGAUGGUGUUGAUGAUAAUAAUAGACCACCAUGCAUGUGUCAGAUGCUUUGUGUACAUCCGGUUAAAAAAAAAAAGGACCGAAGUAUUCCAUAUUAUCAAAUAAAAAGAUGCCUUUGAAAGGA